GCCAUGUCAGAGAAGAAGUCGCGGGGUUCAGACACACGUCCCAAGAGUGGCCUCCGCAGUUGGAGUGCUGAUAGUUAUGUUUGGCGAGGGAAAAAACGCUCCCAGAGCUUACGCAACGAGCCGAGUUCUGGAGGACUGGAGGCAGAGGGGAUGGAGGAGUUGGGUGUCCGUUCUACAUCCUGUCCAAGGCGGCGCAGAGAGAGGAAAUGUAGCUGUAGUGCUAUGGGGGAUGCACUGACAUCUGCAGACAUGGAUGUGGUUUGUCGGAAAGCUUUGUCAAGGCGCUCCCUGCGGCAGAAGUUCCAGGAUGCCGUGGGCCAGUGUUUCCCUCUCCGCUCUCACCAUCAUCACCACCAUCAUCACCACCAUCCCCCGGGCUCCUCACGGCCUUUCUCUGUGCUCCUCUGGUCCAAACGCAAGAUUCAUGUCUCAGAGCUCAUGCAGGACAAGUGCCCCUUCUCAUCUAAGUCUGAACUAGCCCGCUGUUGGCACCUUAUCAAAAAACAGGGCAUCCACCCAAGUGCCAUCAAGGGCAUGGAGGCUCCCCACAAACCCAAUGUCUCAUCAUCUUCUUCCUCCUCCCCACCACCAACGCCCCUCUCCUGGGAGGACAUCAGCUGCUCCCCUGGGCCUGGGAGCACCAGUCUGGACGACUGGGACCCUUCUUGUCCCCACGGAGCAGCGGAGGGCAGCUGCAGCCACACUGACUACAUCCUGGUCCCAGAUCUACUCCAGAUCAACAACAGCCCCUGCUACUGGGGGGUGCUGAACCGCUUUGAGGCAGAGGAGCUUCUGGAGGGCCAACCAGAGGGCACAUUCCUGCUUCGCGACUCUGCCCAAGAUGAGUUCCUCUUCUCGGUCAGCUUCCGUCGCUACAGCCGCUCCCUGCAUGCACGCAUCGAGCAGAACGGCAAGCGCUUCAGCUUUGAUAGACGUGACCCAUGUAUGUACCGUGAUACCAGUGUGACGGGGCUACUGAGACACUACAGUGACCCAGCCACUUGUCUCUUCUUUGAGCCCUUGCUGUCACGGCCGCUACCAAGGACCUUUCCCUUCUCCCUCCAGCACAUGUGCAGGGCUGUGAUCUGUAGCUGCACCACCUACCAGGGCAUUGAGAGCCUGCUGCUGCCCCCUCAGCUCAGGGAAUACCUACGACAGUACCACAUCAAGUGUAAUGGAGCCUGCGCUGUGUGA